GUCUAAUCGUUAAACUUUUCUACCCGUUCCGCCCGCUAGACACAGACAGAGAAAAUCAGACACUACGCCUGUGUACUGCUUUUUCUGAAGCAACUUAAAAUAUUCAACAUGCACAUGAUACCAAGACACUAGUUCACACGAAAAGAUGGAGGACGUGGCCUCAGCCCCGGUUCUCGCAGGCCCGUCCCAACCCACAUCUUCCCGCCCAUCAGUAUCCGAGCGUCGCAAACGGAAGUCUGGAACAGCCAACAUCUUUCAGGGGGUGAACCUGAGGCAGCUCAGACGGCUCUUCCAUGCAGCUGGGGAACCGGAUGCAGACCAGAAAGCUCGGAUGGUGUGGGGGAACCGGAAAGAAAGGGGCAAUGAGGAUGGGGUGGACGGGGAGGAAGACGACAAGGAUGGAGGGAUGGCGGAGGUGGAGACGGGGCUGGCACAGGCGUUGGUGGGACUAAGGGUUCGAGCUCGGAACAGAAGUGGACUCAGGGUGGAGUCUCAUAAGGACACUGCAGGAACGAGAUGGGUCCGAGCAUUUGGUCAUCUCAGAAUCAACGAGGGGUCAUUAGGCCAGUCAUCUGAUGUCAUAACCGGAGAUGAUGAAGACGAUGAUGAUGCGUCUGCUUUGGGAGCCUGUGGAGGGCCGGGCACGUUUGAGGCUGGAUCAUGUGACCAGGCUGACUUCCUGUCCCCAGAGGAAGAGACUCAGGGGUCAUCUGGUAGUCCCAGAGGGAGCUGGAACUCCGUUCAGGAAAAAGACCCAGAACGCUACCUGCAUCGGAUCCGACACUGAUGCUGCCAGCAGGAAAUGGAGCAGUGCGGGAUUAACGCUGACUAAAAGCAUGGAAUUAGAUUACAGCCUGGGACGCUGUCAUCAUAGAUUUACUUGAAAACUCAAUUAAAUGCUAGUCUUAAAGGGAUAUUUCACUCAAAAAUAAAGAUUCUGUAAUCAUUACUCAUUCUGAUGUUGUUCAAACCUGUAUGACUUCAUUUCUUAGGCGGAACACAAAAGGAGAUGUUAAGCAGAAUGACAGUUUCAGUCACACUUUACUUUAAAAAAUAAAUAAAAUAAAUAUCCAAUGAAAGUAAACAGUGUUCCAUGGAAGAAAGCAAGUUAUACAGGAACAACAUAGGUGAAUAAAUGAUGCGAGAAUUUUAAUAUUUGGGUGAACUAUCCCUUUAAAUGAGCAAUGAACAACAUUUACAGCCCUGCGUGGCUGGGAUCAAACAUUAACAAUAAUCCCACAGGGCGUGAGGAACUAUUAUACCUGAGAGCUGAGGCACAAAGUUGUUGUGAAAUCCUCAAACUCUACAGAUUUGUGCCAUUCUCACGACCUCUGACCUCAAGCACACUACCAGAACGCACAACAUCAGUGGAACACUAUUAAAGGGACAGUUCACCCAAAACAAAAGACACUUCAGUGAUCAUUAAUGCACACUAAUAUCAUAUCAAACACGUGUAACUUUCUUCUGUCGAACACAAAAUGUUGGAUGUUAGGCAGAAUAUUCAAGUUGCUCUAUUACAUACAAUGAAAGUAAAUGGGGACAAAUGCGGUCAAGCUCCAAAACUGACCAAAAGCACCAUAAGUCAUGAAAUUUGGUGCAAAAGCACUUUUAUGGUCCAUUUUGGAGCUUGACUGUCAGUCACCAUUCACUUUCAUUUUAUGAAAAAGAGCAGCAUGAACAUUCUGCUAAACCUCCUUUUGUAUUCCAUGGAAAAAAGAAAGUCAUACUGGUUUGAAGCGACAAGAGUGGCAAGUAAAUGAUAACAAAAUUGGCAUUUUUGUCAACUAUUUCUCAAAUGCUAAACACAAAGCAGUGACUCAAAUCUCAUCGAUGCUUCCAGAGAUCCUGCUUUUUGUUUUGUUUGAUCAUUUUCUGUCAUUUAAUGUUAUGCGCUUGUAUUUUUUGAACACUAGUUUCACAGUAGUCCUCCUUUAAGGGUGGGUUCUGCCUUCCAGUGGUGUUUAAUAGUCAAUAUACAGGUAUAUAUGAAAAUAUAAAAGAAUGUGUUUGCAUUUACUGCAACAGUGCAGUUCUCUUAAGCAUUAGUGUUGAUUUAGAUACAGAUAGUCUGUGGUAAUAUGUAAAUUAUGCAUUAUAUCACCAGUUGGUGACGUUAUAUAGAGAUAUGCUGGACACUAAUCAUUAUUACAGAUUAUUUGUCUUCUUCUGUCACUUAGACAGACAUUUAGAAGCAAUACGGAUUGACAAAAAAAAAAAUGUAGCUAAAUGUAGUCUUUAUGAAGCCUCAGAAAUCAACUGUUGCCAUUUUGCAUAAAGGUUCAAAAGUGAGAACACUAUAUGUGCAAGAAUAAGAGUUAUUUUUCACAUUGUUAUUAAGCUGGAACUUCCGAUUAAAACGUCUUUGAAGUAAAA